AGAAGACGAAAAGCAAAUCGGGCAUGUUCUCAUUGUCAAAAAGCACAUUUAACUUGCGACGAUUCGCGACCUUGUGAACGUUGUGUGAAAAAGGGCCUAGCAGACACUUGUACGGAUGGUGCGAGAAAGAAGGCCAAAUAUUUACUCGAUGAUGAUGAAUUGCUAGAGCUAAAAAAGGAAAAACAACGAAAAGCAUAUUCUAUCUUAUCGAGCAUGCUCAACGGCAUUGAUCCGACUUGGCUAAGUGGUAGCCCAGAAAAUCAAGCAGGACCUUCUAAUGAAACGCCGGAUAAUGAACGUGUGAAGCAUAUUUAUGGUGACAAAACAAGGCCUUUCCCGUACACGGAAGGUUAUCACUUUUUGAUCAAAUAUGCUACAGCCAAUUUGGAGAAAGCUGAAGUUUUGCGAAUCGUGCGUUCUUUGGCAAUCUUUCGACCUUCUCUUAUCGCUCUGCAAAUGCCGUUAACGGAAGAUGAUGAAGUGUUUGUCGAGAGAAGUAUCCAACGUACCAUUUUGGAAUUCGAGAAGUUAAUCUCUUUUUCCGGUACACCAACAGUGGUAUGGCGUAGAACGUGUGAAAUUGUUGUUGUGGGCAACGAGUUCAGCAUGUUAUCUCAAUGGUCGAAAGAAUACUUGAUGGGACGUUAUAUUUACGAAUUCUUCGAUAAGCCCAGUAUAUUGGAAUAUUGGGAAAAGUUUGCUUUGCAUGCAUUUGAGAAUACAGCCCAAUCAAUCAUGAUGCCCGUCACAUUGAAAACAUCAACAGGACAAACAACAAAGUGUGCAGCAUGCUUUUCCAUCAAACGUGAUAUUUUUGAUCUUCCUUCUUUGAUUGUGGGAAACUUUUUACCCAUUCUC